AUGGUACGCAAAGUCCGAUGUCUCAGCUGUCGCAAGCUCAAGAUUGGCUGUGACAAGGGCCGUCCCAAGUGCGAGUACUGCGUCGCAACUGGCCGCGAAUGUGUCUAUGGCAGCUCCAAAUCACCCUCGCUUCUACCGCCUAUAUCACAAGAACCCUCCACCCAUAUGGUAGAAGAAAUCACCACCAUUCGGUCGCCGACUUCUGGCACCUCGUACCGUCUCUACAAUGAUAGUCUGCUCAAUUCCAUGUGUACACAGCUCGGAAUCAACAAGUUCGAGUUCCAUCUUCUCUGCCAGUUCCACGCUUGUUUCCUAGAAACAAGCCUCUCGUUCCAUCAGAUAGCAGACAAUCCCAACCUUUCGCCGUUGGACAAGCUCUGGUUGACAGAGGUACCACGGCUCUGGCAAGGCAGUGCCCAGCUCCGCCAAAAUGUCUAUGCCAUGACAUCGUUGCAUCUCGAGGCCCGCGUUCUGUUGCAACAAAUGGUGAUCGAAGACCUUGGACCCCACGGGGUGUUUGACACCUUUGGCACCUCCACCUCGGUCCACGACGCCACCCGGCGGAUGCUGGACAUAACCCUCGCCUACUUUGGUGAGGCGGUGCACGCGACUCGCAAGAGCAUCGAUGAGCUCGUGCACGGUAAGGAGUUCACGGUGGAGACGGCGGCGGCCACCGUUUUCUCGUCAAUCAUUCUCUUUACAUUUCUAUCGUUGCAACCGCACUGCUUGAUCCCGCUCGUGGACCCCCGGCCCCAUGCCCUGGACUUGAUCAAGCUUGUGCUGCUGAUGAAGGCAGCCAUGGCUUGUGCGUUACCUGUCAUGUUCCACACCAGAUACCACGGGGUGUUCUACUUGGCAGAAUUCUUGCGAGAUCACGACGCCAGCACCACGUUCCCGGUGGUCGAGCACUUGCGGGAUGACCUCCACCGCCGGCCGCGCGAUGACGACGGAUACUGGGGCGCUCUUGAAGGGUCGUUGAACAUGCUAGACCGGUGCUUUGCCAGAGCUAUGAAGACCGAUGACUAUGUGCUUCUUUUCCGGUAUGUGUUUCUCAUGGACUUCAAGGUGUAUGACUUGAUAGAGGCUGGCGACUACUUGAGCCAUAAGAUUCUUUAUUACUACUCGAUCAUUUCGUUACUCUGCGGGAUGAGUUUUAGUAACCAGCACAGCGUGUUUCGGGAUUUUGCAGAGAUGUUUAGGGAGAAAAGCUUCGAGAGGUUUGGCGGCUGGGAGCAUGAUAUGGAUAGAGACAUGUACCUUCUAGCGGCCAGCGACUUUAGCUUGAAGGAGCGGCUUCUGGGACUCGCAGAGUUUGUACCGGGGGCAAUGGUGAGGGAAGGAAGUGCAACACAAACACACUAACAGGUACAAAGGCAAUGUCACCUGUUCCCAUUACCACGUUAGGUACUCAUUGGUCCUGAACAAAAGUUGCUCGUAU